AUGUCUUACAACAAGCCCACCAGCCCGCCCCCUUCCUACCCUGCCCCCGUCUACGAAAAUGCCGCUUCGCACCCGGGCUCCCCACCUCCCCAAGGCGCUGCCCAGGACUUCUACGGCCAGGGUGGCCAGGGCGGCCAGGGAUUCUAUCCCCAGCAACAAGGCUACGGACCCCCGCAGCAGCAGGGCUACUAUCAGCAACCCCAGGGCCAGAUGUACUACCCGCCGCAACAGGGCUACCCACCUCAACAGGGCUAUCCCCCUCAGCAGGGCUACUAUGCCGGUGAUCGCAGAAACGAUGGCGGUGCCUCGGGCGGCCUAUGUGCCGGUAUUAUGGCGGCUUUGGCUUGUUGCUGCUGCUUGGACCUCCUGUUUUAA